UCGUCAAUUAGACGUAAAGUUCAUUUUGAUGCAAUUAUUAUAGCAUCAACUUUGUUAUUGGACCUUCUUGAAGAAACACUUAUCGUAGAGAUGGCCUCAUGCUUAAUCUACAUUGGUAGACUCCUUUUCUUCGCCUUGGUAGGCCUCCAGGCUUACUCGUUGGCUUCGUAUCCUGCAGAAUACAAACACAAAGAUAGUUUCUAUGGAUUGGUUGUCCUGUACAUACCUGCAGCUGGUUUAUGGCUUUACAUCAUGUGCGACGACAAGAAAUUACAGUGGUUAUUUGCUGUCUGGACGUGCUAUAUCGUUGGGUUCGUAAUCUUCGUCGCGAUCAUAUUUGGAGGCGACGAACCGAUCGAAGAUAACCUCGACAAAGCGAAAUUCUUCGGUCCAAACAUUCUAAAGACGACACUUUGCCUUGCCCCACUGAUUCUGUUGUUACUUUUAAGUACAGGAACGAAUUCCAUCGUCUACCGAGACCUGAUCUGGCAGUUGUCUCUCCGAAUGGCGUUGGAUCUUUUCGAUGGAGUGGAAAUGCUGGAUGUCAUUAUUGAAGAGAAUGAAUUCAGCCAUGGUGUUUCCAAAGACUUUGAAAAAGCAAUGCUUGCAUUCGUCUGUAUCAGCUUUCUGCUGUCUCCAUUACAACUGGUCGAGAUAAAGAUAACAGGUUCCGGACGGUGGAAAUUUCGCAAAUGUACAGCCGGUUUGCGCACAAUCUUACAAAUAAUCUGUGUCAAUUGCGUGUUUUUAGGGCUUCGUAUGUAUCUAUGGCGGGGCUACGAGAAAGAGGCAUCCAUUUUUAUUGCUAAAAAUGCUAUUGUCAUUUGCCUAGGUCUCUUUGAGAUAUGUUCAAUCUGUGAGUGUUGUGGUUGUGACGAUUACUAAGCUAGAUUUUGAGUAAUCAGUAGAGUGCCUAUGAUCUGGAUAAUACUGUUGUAACGAAUUUGAGUGACGUUUGCUUUUCAAAUGGAGAAGGAAAUGUUAACGAAGUUUUUUCCUUUGUUAUUCAACAGCAGUUUUCUAUAUAUAUAUAUAUAUUCAUCCAUUAGAGUGAAUUUGUCAUAACCCGCUCGUUAUAUUCUAAUGAGUUUGUCACUAUAUUCUAAUGAGAGGAGCACUAAAGAACGGUUAUGAAGAUUUAGUCAAAUACGUUUUCACCGCUAAUAAUUUCCCCAUGAAAAUUCCCCAAUUAACCGAUGCUGCAAUAAGUUAUGAUUUUCUUCGGAUAGUUAAUUAAUUAUUUGCCCCUCCAAACAUUGUACUUUCUGUUUUUGGAAG